GAUCUUUGACUGACAUGUCAUUUUGGCGCCGAAUAUUCAGUUAUUAUACCGCUCUGUAGCGCGGGAGUUGUAUGUUUUCGCGUAUACAUGUUGGAGCCGAACUAUAGUUAAUUACUAAGUUUUAAUUCAGCAUCAAGCGAAGAAAGUGUUUAAAGACAACAUGCAGCGGAGCAUCGCAUCGUUUUUUCAGCCCAGGAGCAAGGCUAAAGACAGCCAGAAGAAAACUGCAGAUGAACCAGUGAAAAAGCCCAUAAAGAGCCCCUUGAAGGUGCAGAACGGCGUCCAGGAAGCGGAUUCGCCGAUCAAGAAGGUCGCCAAGCGCAGCCGGCAAAUCGUGGACAGCGAUGAAGACGAGGUGCCGCUUGUAAAAGAACAAGGCGACAAAGGUGCUCCCGCUAAAACCGAGAAGACGGAUGAUGUGUUCAAAGCCGUACUCACCCCGUUGUCUCCAACGCCGGCCCCAUCCACACCCGUAACCCUGGAAACACCGGAGACGUCGGCCUCCUCAACGUCGGCCUCCUCAACGUCGGCUUCCUCAACGUCUUCAGGGACGCCCAGUACUCCCAGUUCCACCUCCACGUCUAGAAUUAUGAAACGCAAAACUGCGAGGAAGAUGUUCCCCAAGAGGAAGCUGGAUGAGAGCGAGAGUCGGAAAGGGGAGUUUGAGGUCGCGGAGGAGCAGGGUCAGCAAAACAAACGACCCCGCUUGGAGAGCAGUGUCAGCAGUGCAGAGAACACCGAUGAACCCAUGGAGGAGGGAGCAAAGGAAGAAAAGGUUGAAAAGCCAGUGGCUCAGGCUAACAGCCCAGACGAGGAGGUGGGGAACGAGAAAACAGAAGGAGAGAAGGCCAAGAAGGAGGAGGAGCAGGUAGAAGAAAAGAUCUCUGAUGAGAAAGAAAAGAAAGCUGAGGGGGCGGAAAAGAAAAAUGAAGCAAAGAAGAAGACGGAUGAUGAGAAAGGGCCUUCUGUCGCCAAAGACAAGGUGGCUGAAAAGGACACGAAAGACACAGGGAGCCCAAAAAGUCAAAUGGAAGAAAAAAAGCAGAAAGAGGCGAAGGAGCAGAAAGAUAAGGAGCCAGCCAAGAAAACCCCAAUCAGCAGUUUCUUUGCUCCCAGGAAAGCAGCAGUUAAGACAGAGAAACCAGAGAAGAACGAAGGAGAGAAAAAGACGAGUGCUGAGAGGAAGAGCUCCGAGGAGGAACAGAAAGACGCAAAAGGUGAAUCAACCUCAGGAGAGACGAACUACGAUCCUUCCAGACCAAACUACCAUCCGGUGGACCACGCCUGCUGGAAACAAGGCCAAAAAGUGCCGUACUUGGCAGUGGCUCGCACCUUUGAGAAAAUUGAAGAGGACUCUGGCAGGCUGAGAAACAUCGAGACGCUGUCGAACCUGCUCCGCUCGGUGCUGCUGCUCUCUCCAGACGACCUGCUGUGCUGUGUGUACUUGUGUCUGAACCAGCUCGGCCCCGCCUACCUUGGGAUGGAGCUCGGCAUCGGGGAGACGGUGCUGAUGAAAGCCGUCGCUCAAGCAACCGGGCGACAUUUGGACAAAAUUAAAGCGGAGGCGCAGGAGAAAGGAGAUUUGGGCCUCGUGGCCGAGAGUUCCCGUAGCAACCAGCGCACCAUGUUCCAGCCGGCCAGUCUGACAGCAGGAGGCGUGUUUAAGAAAUUGAAGGAAAUUGCCAGCAUGAGUGGGAACUCGGCCAUGAAUAAGAAAAUCGACAUCAUCAAAGGCCUCUUUGUGGCGUGCCGCUUCUCCGAAGCCCGCUACAUAGUCAGGUCCCUGGCUGGGAAGCUGAGGAUUGGCCUCGCUGAGCAGAGUGUCCUCUCCGCCCUGAGCCAGGCCGUCUGCUUGACCCCGUCUGGACAAGGUUUCCCUCCUGCUGUGAUUGAUGCAGGGAAGGGCAUGAGCGCUGAGAGCAGGCGAGCCUGGAUCGAAGAGAAGAGCCUCAUUCUGAAACAAACAUACUGCGAAAUGCCAAAUUAUGACAUCAUCAUCCCAGUUUUACUGAAAGCAGGCAUCGACCAGCUGCCUAAACACUGCAAACUCACUCCAGGAGUCCCGCUGAGGCCCAUGUUGGCUCACCCCACCAAGGGUGUCGGCGAGGUGAUGAAGAGGUUUGACGAGGCAGCGUUCACCUGCGAGUACAAAUAUGACGGAGAGCGUGCACAGAUUCACAUUCUGGAAAGCGGUGAAGUUCGGAUUUUCAGCCGCAACCAGGAAGACAACACCAGCAAAUACCCAGAUAUCAUCUCGCGUGUCCCCAAGGUAAAGAAGGACUCUGUAGUGUCUUGUGUUCUGGACACGGAGGCGGUGGCCUGGGAUCGAGAGAAGAAACAGAUCCAACCCUUCCAAGUCCUCACCACUCGUAAGAGAAAGGAUGUGGACGCCUCAGAGAUCAAAGUCCAAGUGUGCGUGUACGCCUUUGACCUCCUCUAUCUCAACGGAGAGUCCCUGGUGCGACAGCCGCUGUGUCGGCGUCGGGAGCUGCUGAGAGAGAGCUUCACAGAGGUGGAGGGAGAGUUUCUGUUCGCCCGUUCCAUCGAUUCUCACGACACUGACGCCAUCGCGGAGUUCCUGGAGCAGUCCGUCCGAGACUCCUGCGAGGGCCUGAUGGUGAAGACUCUGGAGAAGGACGCGACCUAUGAGAUUGCUAAGCGUUCUCACAAUUGGCUCAAGUUAAAGAAGGACUACCUGGACGGUGUGGGCGACACAGUGGACCUCUGCGUGAUCGGUGCCUACCUUGGAAAGGGAAAAAGAACAGGCACAUACGGUGGCUUCCUGCUGGCCUGCUAUGAUGAAGACAAUGAGGAGUUUCAGUCAGUCUGCAAGAUCGGGACAGGCUUUAAGGAUGAAGAUCUGGAGCAGCAUUACAAGUUUUUAAAGGAGCACACCCUGGCCAAGCCGCGCCCAUACUACCGCGUGGACCAAUCAGCCGAGCCCGACGUGUGGCUGGACGCUGUGCAGGUUUGGGAGGUGAAGUGCGCCGACCUCUCGCUGUCGCCCGUCUACAAGGCUGCCAUGGGAAUGGUGGAUGCAGAGAAAGGCAUUUCUCUGCGGUUCCCUCGUUUCCUUCGCAUCAGAGACGACAAGAAGCCCGAGGACGCCACCACCGGAGCUCAGAUCGCUGAUUUGUACAAGAAGCAGCAACAGAUUCAGAAUCAAGGGGAGAAAGCUGACCCGGAGGACUACUACUGAGUCUCUGCAGCCAUAUGAUGAAAAUCUCGAUGUAAUUGUAAAUAUCUUCUCCUUUUCAGUGUUGUUCAAUGAAAAUAAAGGCGUCUACCAGUUUUAA